AUGUCAGCAACUGAUGAAUCAUCUCUCGAGACUGUGUUACUGGUAGCACAAGAUGCAGCACGACAAGCUGGAAAGAAGAUUCGCGACGUUGCGUUGUCCCCUGGAAAUGUUAAGCUUACUACCAAAUCAGCAACAACAGAUCUGGUUACAGAGACUGACGAGGAGUGCGAGAAAUUGAUCAUCAACCAAAUAAAGGCCAACUUUCCAGACGACAAGAUCAUUGGUGAAGAAUCUUCUGGAUCUGAUAGAUACGAACUGUCAGAUUUGGCGACAUGGACGAUUGAUCCGAUUGAUGGAACAACCAACUUUGUUCAUCGCCUAAAAAUUAGUUGUGUAAUCAUCUCCUACAUUGUCAAGAGAGUUGUAAAGGUUGGAGUAAUCUACGAUCCUUAUGCGGAUGAAAUGUUCUGGGCUAUCAGCGGCAAAGGUGCUUUUCUAAGUACAGAAAAUGGAGAGUCCGUCCCAAUACACGUGUCGACUACGACCACUCUAUCCAAUGCCGUACUAAGUAUGGAUCCAGGAUAUGGACGAGACAAGGUAGCUGUAGAAAGGUACACAAAGAUGCAAGCAGCCAUUCUGUCUCGUUCGGUUCGAAACCUACGAAUUAUUGGUUGUACUGGCUUGAACAUGGCAUGGGUGUCAUGUGGCCGACUCGAUGGAGGAUUUGAAUUAGGUGACUGGGAUGCCAACAGAGGUCCUAAGAUCUGGGAUUUUGCGGCUGGGACUUUGUUGCUUUCCGAAUCAGGUGGUUUAACCCUAGAUAUUGAGAGUCCGUCAACGCCAUAUGCACCAUUGGACCUCAUGAAGCGUUCGUUCUUUUGUGCAGCAAACUCCACGCUGGCAGCAGAAAUCUUGGAGUGUAUUGAAGAAGGAAGGUAG